UUUAAAGUUGAAUGAAGCUGCCGCUGAAAAUAUGGGUAUCGAUCUAUUCCUAGUGGCUUGGGCUUUGACUGUACGAAAAGCCCACUGCAUCCGAGUUAUAAUUUUGCACAGUUUAGCCAGGUGAUUAUAAACACAUUUAUGUAUUGCAUGAUCAUUAUAAAACAAACAAUCAGACAAACAUGCUAAUCUCCUAAAUCGCUCUCUGAACUUCACUAUGAUUGGCCUCUUGGUGAUGUCCGUUAUGUGCAGAGCGAUGUGAUUGGCCAAGAGCUCUAAAUUUGCGCGCUCUGUCAUUAACUGACGCUUCUGGUCCCGCCUACUCUCAAGUACUUCAUGGAUUUGCAGCGCUAUAUUUUUAGCUUGUUAGCAUGCUAGCAUCAGCAUCGUCGAUAUAAAUUCACAGCACUGCUUGCUCUUUUAUUGUUAAGCGUUUGAAUGGUACAGAACCAUGUACUUUAGCCACAUAUUAUAAAUGCGAAGCACGCGAGUGUAGUAGCUUUGCGCUGUUUUUAACGCACAGGUCUUGCUUGUUCGGGAUGUUUUUACCCUUAACAUGGAGACAAAAAAAGGGGAGAUUCCUAACGGGCUGCUGGAUGACCUCUGCAGUCGCUUCAUUCUUCACAUCCCCAGCGAGGAGAGGGACAAUGCCAUCAGAGUUUGCUUCCAGAUUGAGCUUGCCCAUUGGUUUUACCUGGACUUCUGCAUGCAAAAUUCACCAGGACUGCCUCAGUGUGGGAUAAGGGACUUUGCCAAGGCUGUUUUUAAUCAUUGUCCAUUCCUGCUGCCCCAUGGAGAGGAUGUUCAGAAGGUUUUAGAGCAGUGGAAAGAGUAUAAGAUGGGUGUGCCUACGUUUGGUGCCAUUAUUCUUGAUGAAACGCUUGACAAUGUGUUGAUGGUCCAGGGUUAUCUGGCCAAGUCUGGCUGGGGUUUUCCUAAAGGGAAAGUCAAUGAAGAUGAGGCUUUCCAUGACUGCGCUGUGAGAGAAGUUUUGGAGGAGACAGGCUUUGAUAUCCGAGAUCGUAUCUGCCAAAAAACAUAUAUUGAGCAGAGGAUUUCAGAUCAGUUGGUUCGAUUGUACAUUAUACCAGGAGUUCCUAAAGACACAAAGUACCACCCCAAGACCAGAAAAGAGAUAAGGAACAUUGAAUGGUUCUCAGUGGAUAAACUGCCUUGCCACAGGAACGAUAUGACCCCGAAAUCCAAGCUUGGACUGGCUCCUAACAAGUUUUUUAUGGCUAUUCCAUUUGUGAGGCAGCUCAGAGAGUGGAUUGCCAAACACAAAGGAGAGUCAACGAGCAGCGAUGAGGAUUUUGCGUCCAAUGGCAGCACACCAGGCAAACCAUUCCGCUCUAAGCCCAGAAGGUCUCAGAUGUUGGUGGAAGCGUCUCCUGAAAGCUGGUCCAAGCAAAAACAACAGAAACCCUUCGGACAAACCUCCCAGAGCGAGUUAGUAGAUGUGCUUAAACCCAAGAAUCAUGUGAAAGGCAACAGCAAGAAACCCCAGGAGUCUCCAAACCUGAAAAAAAGAGCUAAUGGUGUCAGUCAGCAGCAGAAAGAUGACAAGAAACUUCAGCCCAGAAGACUUCAGGAUAACUUCGACACGGAUGCAUCUGGUGACGUCUAUGGCUGUAACGGACAGGCAGACUUGUGUUAUGAGGAAUACAUCCACUCCUCACGGUCUUUCCUCCGCUUCAAAUUUGAUAGAGAGGCCAUCAUGAAAUCCUGCUUCGAGUCCUGAAGUUCUGCUGUACUGCCUCUGGUUUUUAAAAGAUUUGAAGCAACAAAUUUCCUUAAGAUCUACAAGUGGAUCUUCUAAGCUGUAUACCUGUUAGUCGAGAUGCAUUGCGUGUUGGACCAAGAUUACAGAUAAAUCCAAAAAAUUCCUUUUUUCACAAGACAAAUGUCAGUUCCUAUUCAUCUGGAUCUGGAGUGCUGUUAGCUUGACUUCUUUUUAGACUUGAUAUUUAUUCUAAAACUUGUGCCCAAUUAUGAAUGCAUCAUUUUGUCACUAAAGAGAAGUUUUUCUUGGUAAACUUGCUCUUAGUAAUCUGUUAAGAAACUAACUGGUUUGUCUGAAACACACUUAACAGUAUUUUGGUUCGGAGCACCUGAAGUGUGUAUUCUGCUCUUGUUUCAUUGUGAAUUCAGAUGUUACAAUAAUAAUCGGUCAAGCUGUAUGUUGAAUUUCUAUGGCUGAAGUCGUCUCAGUGUUCGUUGUGUGCUUAAACGUACAACCUUGCAAAUAUAAGAAGCUGCUCAAAAGCAUGCUUUCAGAACGUCACAUGACUGGUUCUGUACAGAUAGGGUUGACAUUACUCGUCCAACAGCAGUAAAACCCAUUAAAGCCCUAUAUACUGUGAGUCCUCAGUCACCAAAUGUCUGCUCAGUUUGAUGCGUAUUGGAUUUUGCGGUUUGAUAAAUGACAUUUCUUCCAUGUUUCCCUGAAAUUGUUUUCUGUUGUCAUUUAUAUUUUUUUAUCAUGCUUCAACUGCUGCCUAGGUUUCUUCACCUUCCACAAGGUUACAAUACAAUAUUCAUAUUUUCUCUGUGAAGUGGCACUGAUAUCUGUGGUAAGUUGAUUUACAAUUAUGCUACAUGAUUUGCUUAACCACAUUAUCUAUGGUUUGUAUUGUCAUUUAUUUUCUCUUUCUCAUUUUUUGGUAAAUAAA